AUGGCUCCGAUCGCCGCCAGCCGCCAGCAGUUCGAUGAAAUUCCUACAGUGGUGGGGAUCAUUAGUGCAUUUGGCCUUGUCUUCUCUGUCUCCCUUUUUGCUUGGAUCUGCUGUCAACGUAAAUCUUCCAAAUCCAAUAAGACCCCUCCAUAUAAGUUUGUCCAUGUUUUGAAGGGGGUUGAUAUUUACCCUGAGAAUCUCAACAGUAAGAAGAAGUUUGGAGCAGAUGAUAAAAGUGAAGCAAAGAACAAGUCAGCAAUGCCAAAGAAUUCUCUCCAUCUUGACCUGGAGAAGAGAGAUCUAAAUGGCAACUUCCCCAAAACAACCCCCAAAAUCCAGAGCUCUCCAGGCCUUGAAAAUUCAUCCCCCAAGAACUUUGCAGAAAGGAAGAAAGAUUCAGUAUCCCCUGACAGUAUAAAAUCCAUCACUUCCCUGUCAUCUGAAGAUAAACAAGACAAGCUAGGAACUCUAUUUUUCUCCUUAGAGUACAACUUCGAGAAAAAGGCAUUUGUAGUGAACAUCAAAGAGGCACGUGGGCUGCCAGCAAUGGAUGAACAGUCAAUGACUUCUGAUCCCUACAUCAAAAUGACAAUUCUGCCUGAGAAAAAGCACAAAGUGAAAACCAGAGUGCUGAGAAAAACCUUAGAUCCAGCUUUCGAUGAGACUUUCACAUUCUAUGGGAUCCCCUAUAGCCAAAUUCAAGACCUAACACUUCACUUUAUGAUCUUGAGCUUUGACAGGUUUUCCAGAGAUGAUGUCAUUGGAGAAGUCCUCAUUCCCCUCGCAGGAAUUGAGCUGUCAGAAGGAAGGCUGCUAAUGGACAGAGAGAUCAUCAAAAGAAAUGUUAGGAAAUCAUCUGGACGUGGAGAAUUACUGAUCUCUCUCUGUUAUCAGUCUACAACAAACACACUCACUGUUGUUGUUUUAAAAGCCAGACAUCUACCUAAAUCUGAUGUGUCAGGAUUAUCAGACCCUUAUGUCAAAGUGAACCUGUACCAUGCUAAGAAGAGAAUUUCUAAAAAGAAAACUCAUGUGAAGAAAUGCACUCCCAAUGCAGUGUUCAAUGAAUUGUUUGUCUUUGACAUUCCUUGUGAGGGCCUUGAUGAUAUCAGCAUUGAGUUUUUGGUUUUAGAUUCAGAUAGGGGAUCGAGGAAUGAGGUCAUUGGCCGAUUAACCUUGGAAUCUUCAGCAGAGGGAACAGGUGGAGAGCACUGGAAGGAAAUUUGUGAAUAUCCUAGGAGACAAAUUGCCAAGUGGCAUAUGUUGUGUGAUGGUUAGCAUCUCAGAGCAGAGAUGAAACUUGAAAAUCUGUGUAUGUUUCCAUAGGCAAGGAGCAGUUUUCUUUCUUUGCUAUUUAUAAUUACAGGCUUGUAACUAUAA